CCAUGGGUGGACAGAACCCUCGGAAAUGUUCUUGGAACAUUCAGAGGAGCUGCUGGACAGACGAUGACAUGGAGAGGCCAUCCCAGGAGCCAGGAGUCCCGGGGAGUCUGAGGGUGUGUGUUUGGAGCCAGACCUUGGGAGAGGCCAGGGACCCUGGGCACAGCACUGAAUGCCCCCUGAACUCAGGGGUUGGACACAGCAGGUUGCAGAAGGUGACAUCCUGGGACACCACCGGUCAGCUGAGCAGCUGUGAAUGAACAAGGACUUCGGGAUCCAGAGAGGGAAGGGAAGCAGGCAGCCGCUAGGAAAGGACCCUCUGAGAGGCCAGAAGGGACCUUUGAAGGCAAAUGCUCUUGGGACCCACAACAGCCAUCAUGAGGCCCUGAAAGCCACAUCACAUAGGCAUGGUCAUGCUUCCUUCCUGAGCACCUACUCAGUGCUGGGAGAGGGGCGUGAAUCCACCGGCUUCUGCCCUCACACCACCAGCAGAGAAGACAUCCCUGAGCAGGCCUUCCGCACCAUAAGAUCAAAGGAAUUUGAGACCUAAAACCAAACCCAGAGAUGAAGGGCUUCCUCACACUGGCUUGGUUCCUGGCUUGUAGUGUGCCUGCUGUGCCAGGAAGCUUGCUAGACCUAAAGUCGAUGAUUGAGAAGGUGACAGGAAAGGACGCUUUGAUGGACUAUGGCUUCUACGGCUGUUACUGUGGUUGGGGCGGCCGUGGGACCCCCAAGGAUGGUACAGAUUGGUGCUGUUUUGUGCAUGACCACUGCUAUGGGCAGCUGGAGAAGAAAGGCUGCGAAAUCCGGACACAGCCAUACAGAUACAGAUUCUCGUGGGGCCUGGUCACCUGUGAGCCCGGGUCCCACUGCCAGGUGCAGCUCUGCGCCUGUGACCGGAAGUUUGUCUACUGCUUGAAGAGAAACCUAAGGAGCUACAACCCUUUAUAUCAAUACUUUCCCAACAUCUUCUGCACAUAGUUGCGCUCACAGAGCUCCUCCCAGACCAUGCCAUUUGCUUUCUUCUCCCACAACCUGGAGCUCACCAACUCUGCUGCGUUCCUGAGAGGGGUCCCAGGUCUCAGCUCUUGCUCUUUCUUGAUGGCCCCCUGGACUUGGAGGAGCCCCACGGCCAUAUUUCAUGUUCCAGAGAAUCCCAAGAGAGUGAAUUCCAAGAGAGAACCCUAGGACUCGGCAAGGUCAGGGUCCCUGGCCUCCACUUGUGAGGUGGAUCCUUCUGGAGCCCAGAGCUCACUCCUAACUCCAGGCCGGUGGUCCUCGCCGCUGAAGACAGUGCCCUUCUCCAGGAGGAAGAUUUUCCUGGGGUACAUUUACUUUUCAGUUUCUGCAGAGAGAUUCUUACUACCACCCUCUAGAGCAUUUUAUUCAAGGAGAAGCAAAAUUGAUUCUAUAAAUCUGACCUGUAGAUAUGAAAGAAAAUUCCUUCUCAGGACUAAUAAAAAAACAUGGCGUGGGGGAUUGCCUGUGCUUCUUUCUCUGCCAGCGGGGCACUAAACCCCCAGGUAACCACGUUCUCUCAGAGACAGACGUGCAGAUUAGUAAACAGAAGGUUUUCUGGUAUGAGCAUCAAGCCUUCUUUGGAGCUCAUCUCCUUAAACUUGGGGGUCCUCUCGAGCCAAGCACUGGGUCUCAUUCUUCCUCGAGAUGAUUGACAAUUAUUCCAGCUUGGGCUUCCAGGCUAGAGAGGACCACAUCCAAAUCCCAGCUUGGCUUCUCCAGCUGGGUGGGCCCAGCCCAUGUCUGAACCGCUCUGAUUUUCAAUCUCUUUGAAAAAUAAAAAGAAAUAUUUCUUGCAAUGUCUAUUGAGAAACCCGAAGCUACCUUGAUGCUGACACAGGGAUGCUGAAUGGCUGGGAUUUCACAGAGCAGGACAUUUCUUUUUUUUUUUUUUAAAUUUAUAUAAAUUUAUUUAAUAAUAUACUGAAUAAAGCAACAUGUAUUACAGGUAAGACUUGAAGACGUUUAAUGGCAUCUGCUUAAAUAGGAAAAGAUAAGUUUAUAGUUUCAAUUAUUAGGACAAAUAGAUUUUAUGUGAAUAAGGAAGACAAUACAAAGCAUAACAAUGAUCAAUUUGAUGUUAUUAAAUCGAUCACACAAGAGUUUCUCACCAGAAUAUAAGAGGAUGGAAAUCAGGGACACAUGUAAAUUGGAUCCUGUGUCCAUGGACAUUUCUUUUAAUAGUGUUUAAGU